AUGUUGUCCCACGCUAUCGUUGCCCUAAUUGUAGCAGCAGCUCCGGCGCUGGCCAUUCCGCCGCCGAUAUUCGGUCUCCCAACCAGCGACUACGAUGCGGAACUGAGUGUGGCCUAUACACUCUCGGGCAACACGACGGUCUUACAGGCUGGGCAGCUCUUUGGGGGUAACAUAACACAAGACCAGCCAGCUCUGGCCCUGGACCCUCUGAGAUAUCCGUCUGUCGCCAGCUACGAGGGCCAGUACGUGAUCGUCAUGUGCGACCCGGACGCCACGACCCCAGACAACCCAGACCGCCGCUUCAUCCUGCACUGGCUGGCGCCCAACAUGACGACGGGCGCGCCCUACUCGGCGACCCGGCCGCAGACGGGCGUCGCGCUGACCAACAUGACCGAGAACUUCACGCCCUACCGGUCGCCGGGCCCGGCGCUGAAUUCGUCCGCGCACCGGUACAUCCUGUACGCGUUCCGGCAGCCCGACACCUUCACGGUGCCGGCCGAGUUCGACACGUACGCCGGCGGCGUCAACCGCACCGGCUUCAACCUGACCAGCUUCAUCGAGCUGGCUGGCCUCGGCAACCCUGCCGCCGCUGAGUACAUGUACGUCAGCAGGGAGCCGGCUGUGCCUGGGGACUUUGUGGCGCUGCCUGGGGAUCUGGUACCGCUGCCUCAAUGCGAUGGACUCAAACGAAGGCCGGCAUUCACGUGUCUUCAAAAUCGAUAUCCAGGACACUUUUACGCGCUGAAACUCGUGAGAGAGAUUACACCAACCACAGCAGCCUACUGGCUUGGCCCGGAUCCAGAAACCACGUUCGAAGUCCUCAAUUACGAGGUUAAGCGUACGUUUUACAACCACACAGACCCAUUCAGCAAUGAGUACCGCGCCUUUGGUCGCCUGCAAGAAGCGGGUCAUGAGCAGCUGGCCGUCAAGUGCUUCGGCUACUGGCUUCUGGAUGAACAGCACGAACGUAUCAUAAUGGCGCGGUUCCCACAAGUCAGACACGGCCUCAAUGCGAACGCUGACCAACGGAUCGUGAAGGAGAGGCGAUCUCAUUUCCAUUCCUCAGGGGCCAGGCCCGCGCCUAUCCGCGGCAUCCUCUCGGACUUCAGCGCCGCCAUCACCACACCGCAUUUUGUCGCCAACCCGGAGCUGAUCCCGCGCCUCUCAGUGAUGGAGCUUGAGACGUCCCUGUACAGCACGAAUGACUACUUGGGGCUCGAAGACCUGGCGGAACGCUGGAAUUGGAAACACACCGAAGCCAAUCUCCUCCGAGAAUUGAAAAUGAAUGAUCUCGGCCGUACUGACAAUUCCACGCGAAGCUUUUGCUUUUCCCCAAUCUACCACACCAUCCGCCACCUACCCUCUUCUAUUGCAAUCAAUGCCCUACUUGAAGUGUUUGCCUUCACAAUAAAUUCUACGACGUGCUUCUACCGCCACGUUGAUUCGGUAGUUCUGUCCAAGAUGACCUCACGAGGCUAUCAAGGCGGUUUCCUUGCCAUCCCUAGCUUCAAAGCCCAAUCUUCAUCGCAGACGGACAUAAGCCUCACUCUUGAGAAGCUGCAGACCGACGAGCAGCGCCGCGUUCUUGACACAGUAUCUCAGGUGCGAAAAUGCGGCCUGGAAAGCGUACUUUCUCUCCCACAGAUUGUUGUGUGCGGUGAUCAGUCCGCGGGGAAGAGCUCCGUGCUGGAGGCCCUUACCGAGAUUCCUUUCCCUCGCAAUGACAACCUUUGCACUCGAUUCGCGACUGAAAUUUGUCUCCGACGCGACCCAGUUAACAGUCUCACCAUUCGAGUCAUUCCCGACAGCGACCGUCCCCAGAAGAAGCAGGAGCAGAUCAAGAGGUACUCCGAGUCGACUACCGAUUUGAAAGAUUUGCCCAGAAUCAUGGGCAACGCCAAGAAGGUGAUGGGUAUCUCUGAAGGCGGCAAUGCGUUCGCUAAGGAUACUCUUAGCAUCGAAAUCUGUGGACCAGAUCGGCCCCAACUUACCCUUGUUGACAUUCCCGGUUUGAUUCAGACAUCCACAAAGGGUGUUUCCGAUGCUGAUGUGGCUAUGGUUGCAGAGAUCACAGACCACUACAUAGAGCAGCCACGAACGAUUUGCCUCGCUGUCAUCUCGGCAACAAAUGACGCUGCUAAUCAGGCUAUCCUCCAGAGAGUCCGGAAAUUUGACCCUCACGGUGAUCGCACCCUGGGAGUCAUCACGAAGCCUGACCGACUCAGCGCGGGUUCUGGUUCAGAAACGAAGUUUCUCGAGCUCGCUCGAAACGAGGACGUCUUCUUCAAGCUUGGAUGGCAUGUUACCAAGAACAGGAAAUUCGAGGAGAAGAAUUUCUCUCUCGAGCAGCGUAACCAGUCUGAAAAGGACUUUUUCAAAGCAUCAAGAUUCAACACACUUCCAAAGGAGAAUGUUGGUAUCGAUGCACUGCGUGUACGUCUCAGCUAUCUUCUUUUCGAACACGUAAAGCACGAGUUGCCUCGUUUGCAAAAGGACCUUGAGUCUGCAUUGCAGACGGCCCAAAAUGAGCUCAAGACGCUUGGCACUUCCCGGUCGACUGCGGCGGAGUGCCGGACCUAUUUGACGCAGCUCAACAUGGAAUGCUACGAGAUCUGCCGUGCUGCCGUGGAUGGAAACUACGAGCACCGCCACUUCACUCUCAUUUCUGAUGAUAUCGAGUCUUGCAGCUACUCGGUCACGGACACAGUCCCUGUGCGACGGCUACGCGCUUGCGUGCAAAUGAACAAUCGGGCUUUCGCGGAGGACUUGGAAGCAAAGGGACACAAAUACGACCUUGACACCGUACGUUCCAACCAUGCAUCCAAGUCUUCGGGUCCACGGGCCCUCUCUGGGAAAGAGGCUUUGGGUUGGGUGGGACGGAAGCUCCAACGAGCACGAGGUACAGAGCUGAUCGGUAAUUUCAAUCCGAAAGUGAUCGGUGAGUUGUUCUGGGAGCAAUCCAGUCCAUGGGAAGGCAUGGCCAAAGCCCAUGUUGAGAGAAUUAACACGGCUUGCGUUAUGUUUCUCGCAAAUCUGUUGGAGUCAAUGACAACGCAUGAGCUCAAGUCACGAAUUUGGGCUAAGAUGGUUGCUGAUGUCCUGAAGUCGCGUAAGGAAGCAGCCUUGCAAGAGCUUGAGAGACUCAUCAAGGACAAGAAAGCUGUUCCCAUCAAUUACAACCACUACUACACGGACAACGUUCACAAGAAGCGCGGAGAGAGAAUUGAGGCCCAGCUCAAGAAAUACGUUCCCCAAAACACCUCACCCGCAUCUUCCACGAGUCGGUGCAGCCUAGGAACCCAUUACUACCAGUCUCAGUCCGAAACAAAGGACCAGCUGGAGCGGGCAAUAUCCAAGUGGAAAGACAGUGUUACCGCUGACAUGGAGGAGUUCAGCUGCGAGGAGUCGCUAGAUUGCCUGGAUGCCAUCUACAAGGUCCAACUGAAGGUAUUCGUCGCCAACGUCACGACCCAGGUCAUUGAGCGUCACCUCCUCGCCGAACUUUACAAUAUUUUCUCACCCAUGACCGUCCUCCAAAUGUCCGAUGCCAAGAUACAGGGCAUCGUUUCGGAGCCCGAGUCCACGAAGCGCCGGAGAGAUCUCCUCUCUCAUCAGAUCAACAAGCUGGAGGAGGGGCAGGAGAUCUUUCGGGGCGUCAUGGACCCCUGA